AUGAAAGCAUCCGUUAAACAAAUUUGCAAUAAUGAAACCAACCAAUUAUGUACAAAAUUACUUGUCAAUAAACUCACUUUUAAUAGUCAUUUAACUCGGCAAGAAAAGGAUCUGCCACCCAUACACACCUUACCAGUUGAGGAUGUAUUGAAAAACCAGCUUUUGGCUCUAAACAAUAAUUCGAUAUCCAUCUCUGAAGACUUGAAUGAUGCUGAAGUGGAAAACGCAUUUUUCGUUGCCGAUCUUGGUGAAAUAUUGCGUCAGCAUUUACGUUGGAAAGCAACAUUGCCUCGUGUUGAACCUCAUUAUGCGGUUAAAUGCAAUCCAGAUCCUAUGAUUCUUCAGCUUUUGGCGGCUCUGGGUACAGGUUUUGAUUGUGCUAGUAAAGCAGAAAUACAGUCUGUUCUAGAUCUCGGUGUAGAUCCUUCAAGAAUUAUUUAUGCGAAUCCCUGCAAACAAGCGUCCUUUAUUCGUUAUGCCGCUGACAAAAAUGUCAAGAUGAUGACAUUUGACAAUGCCGAAGAGUUGCAUAAGAUUAAACGCUAUUUUCCGCAAGCACAACUUGUUCUUCGUAUUCUCGCUGAUGACUCAAAAUCUUUGUGUCAAUUGGGGCUCAAAUUUGGAGCUUCACUGGAUUCCACCUCUGAUCUUUUGAGAACUGCUCGGGAAUUAGGAUUGAACGUGAUUGGUGUUAGCUUCCAUGUUGGCAGUGGUUGCUUCGAUGAGAAUGCUUUUGCUGAUGCUGUCUAUCGUGCAAAAUGCGUAUUUGAUCAAGCUUCCGAACUCGGCUUUGAUUUUCAAUUGUUGGACGUUGGUGGCGGAUUUUCGCACGAGCAUUUCAGUGAUGGGAUCACUUUUGAAAAGAUCGCAGCUGUCCUUGGUCCUGCUAUUGACAAAUAUUUCCCACCGAACAUUCGAAUUAUUGCUGAACCUGGUCGUUAUUAUGCAGCUCCUGCCUUUACCAUUGCCACUCAUAUUAUUGCACGCAGAACCGUCCAACAUGACCGCGACGAAACGCAAUUUGUAGAUAUGGAAGGAGUCCUAAAUCAAGUACCUUCUGAAGGAGAUGUUGAACAGUCGUAUAUGUUUGUUUAUCCAAAAGUUUUGAUGAAGGGUGACACGUUCCACUUUGGGGUAGACUUGAAUGAACCCAAAUAUACAUGCAGCAUUUGGGGGCCUACUUGUGAUUCUAUCGACUGUAUUACUAAAAAUGGAACUCUUCCCGAACUUUUGCCCGGCGAUUGGCUUUAUUUCCAAAACAUGGGUGCAUACACUAUAUGUGCUGCUUCACAAUUCAACGGGUUUCGGAAGAGCAAUGUAACUUAUACCACUACUGAAGCGUCUGUUCUUGGAAUUCUUCAAGGAGCCAUUUGA